AUGUCAGGACCAUACCUCCACGGCCACCACGCCUCCGUCUUGCGUUCCCACAGCUGGCGUACCGUUGAGAACUCCUGCCCUCACCUCAUACCUUUCCUGAACCCCUCCCUUACGAUUCUCGAUGUUGGCUGCGGCCCCGGCACAAUCACCGUUGAUCUUGCGAGUCGUAUCCCGCAGGGCUUCGUCUACGCUAUCGACCCGUCCGCUGACGUCAUAGACAAGGCAAGGCAACACGCGCAGGAGAAGGGCGUGACAAACGUGCGGUUCGAGGUUGGCGACAUCUUCAACUGGCAAGAUCUAGACGGUGUAGAAGAAGCCAGCUUCGAUGUUGUGCACGCGCAUCAGGUACUUCAACAUCUGCAGGACCCGUUGGGGUGUAUGAAGGAGAUGGUGCGUCUCACGAAGAAAGGUGGCAUUGUUGCGGUGAGGGACUGCGAUUAUGGCGCCAUGGACUGGUACCCUGAGCACCCAGGCAUGCAAAAAUGGAAGGACCUGUACAUCAAGGUUGCAGUUGGGUUGAAGGCAUACCCGAACAUGGGAAAGAUGCUGCAUUCUGUUGCAAUGCAGGCUGGAAUACAGAGAGAGAACAUCGAGACUAGUAUUGGAGCAUGGUGUUUUUCUACACCGGAGGAGCGGGUGUGGUGGUGUGGUCUAUGGGCCGACAGAACAGUCAAGAGCGACUUCAAGCAGCGAGUCCUCGACGGCAACCAUGGCACCGAGGCUGAGCUUGAAGAAAUCUCUGCAACAUUCCGAGAAAUGGAGAAGAAAGAAGACGGCUGGUUUGCGGUCAUAAACGGCCAGAUAAUCUGUCACGUCAGGUAA